AUGGGAGCUCCAGAGACAGUAUUCUCUGCCCUGGAGCUAGCCUUGCUCUCUCCUGAGUGUGUACCCCAAAGCCUUGUGGCAAGCCUGGUGCUGCUCUCCCCCACCAGCAGCUGCUUGAGCAAGUAGCAGCUGGUAGUAGGCACUGUGCUCUGUCUGCUGGCUCCUCUGGUUCUGGUUAAGCAGCUGAUGAGCUCAGCUGAGCUGGACAUGAACUGCGUGUGUCAGCUGCACAGCUGUGGAGGUGAUGAUGCCAUCAUGGUGCUGCUUGGUGGCCGUCUACUGGUCACCAUCCUGGUGCUGGCUGGCCUGGCCAUUUGCCCUGCUUGGCCACUGGCUGCCAUGUUGUCAGUAGGCAUUGCUCUGGUUGCCUCAGGCUCACUCUUGCUGCUGGGUUUGCUGCUGUAUCAAGUGGGUGUGAUUGGACACUGCCCACCCUUCUGUGUGGCUGCCUGCCCACCCCCUGCUGCCCAAGGUGACCACCACAGUGGCAAUGGAAGCAUCUUCAGCAUGUCACGAUGGUUGUCUGCUGGCCAGUGUCAUGUAGCCACAUCCAGCCUCAUAUGA